UUCUCUUUUGACUUGCUUUUUAUUAAAUUCUAAGAAAGAACCAGAGAGAAUUUGAUGCUAGUCUCUGUCUGUCUGUCACCAGCUUCUAGCUGGGCCACUUAAGUUCUUCAUUCACGCCCCUCUUAGAUUUCUUUUCUUCCUUUUUGUCUGCAACCUGCUGUUCUUGUUUAAGAUCUUCUUAAAUCUGUCAUAUCAGAUUAAACUAUUUGAUGGGUUUUCUCUGAUUACUACAAUCCAUCCAUCCUUGUAUUUGAUUUGAAGCUAAUGAACCACCACCCACUACUGGGUUUGCAAAGAUGAUGAAGAACAAGAUCGUGUUUUUCGUUUCUCUCUUAUUGAUUCCAUCUAUUAUUAACUGCAUCUUUACUCCUGUUGAUAAUUAUCUAAUCGAUUGUGGUUCUCCGGCCAACACAUCUGUUGGUAAUCGUGUCUACAUAGCUGAUAACUUAGCCGAUCGUCUUCUUUCUACCCCGCAACCCGUUCUAGCUUCCAAUCCUCAAUCGUCUUCCUCAAAUAUAUAUCAAACUGCGAGAAUUUUUGAUGCGAUUUCCAAGUAUUCAUUUCCAAUCAAACAACCCGGUCGUCACUGGAUCCGUCUGCAUUUCUUCCCCUUCGUUUACCAGAAUUUCAAUCUCACCACCGCAAGUUUCUCUGUCGAUGCCUUAAAUUUCGCCCUUCUUCGCGAUUUCACACCUUCUACAGAUCCCACCUUCAAAGAAUACUCUUUGAAUGUUACGUCAAAUUCCCUAGUGAUUACCUUUACCCCCUCGUCGAACUCAUUUGCAUUCGUUAACGCCAUAGAAGUUGUUUCUAUCCCAGAUGCUUUGAUAACAGAUGAUGCCACUUCCGUCGAUCCACCUAAUGUAUUCCAAGGUCUGCUUGGCGCGGCGUUGGAGAUUUCUUACAGGGUCAAUAUGGGUGGACCGAUUGUUUCGCCGGAUUCAGAUACACUCACGCGAACUUGGCUUCCUGAUCAGAGUUUCCUGUAUCAAAAGGACCUCGCCGCGAACAUGUCCAACAUUCCGGCUGUUAAGUAUCCUUCAGGCGGGGCUACUCCGGAAAUUGCUCCUGAUUCUGUCUACGGAACACUUACCCGUAUGAAAUCAGAUGACAAUCCGAACAGUAACUUCAACGUGACAUGGAAUUUCGAUGUGGAUCCUGGGUUUCAGUACCUUGUUCGAUUUCAUUUCUGUGAUAUAUUCAGUCCGUCUCUUAACCAGCUUUACUUCAAUGUAUUCAUCGAUUCAUGGAAGGUUGCUAGCGAUCUAGAUCUCAGCGUCUUAGCAAGGGCAUUGGCGACUGCUUAUUACAUUGAUUAUGUUACAGUUUUGACUGUUAGUAAUAAAAUGAGCAUUAGCAUUGGACCUUCACCCAUUAGAGAUUUAUAUCCCAACGCCAUUCUAAAUGGUCUUGAGAUUAUGAAGAUGAACAAUUCAAUGAGCAGUCUUACUAGUUUGCCUUCUACAGGUGGUUCAAGUUCGAGCUCGAAUUCGAAUACCCAUGUUGGUCUGAUUGUUGGUUUGAGUAUAGGUAUAUUUGUGGUUCUGCUAGUGCCUGGGGUUCUCUUUUUCAUGCGUAGAAGAAGAAAGAUGACAAGACUUCGUUCGAAAACAUGGGUCCCGAUAUCGAUGGGUGGAGAAGGAGCUUCACAUACUAUGGGCAGCAAAUUCUCCAAUGGAACCACAAUUAGUGCUGGUUUUAACAUGGGGUAUCAAAUUCCUUUCUCUACUCUUCUAGAGGCCACGAAUAGCUUCGAUGAGAAUUGGGUAAUCGGGAUUGGUGGGUUUGGAAAGGUUUACAAGGGAGUUUUGAACGACGGCACGAAAGUUGCUGUCAAGAGAGGAAACCCGAGGUCCCAACAAGGUCUAGCGGAGUUCCAAACUGAGAUCGAGAUGCUGUCUCAGUUUCGCCACCGUCAUUUGGUUUCCUUGAUCGGUUACUGCGACGAGAAGAACGAGAUGAUAUUGGUUUAUGAGUAUAUGGAGAAAGGAACCGUGAAGGGGCAUCUAUACGGGUCAGGGGAGCCGAGCUUAAGUUGGAAGGAAAGGCUGGAGAUAUGCAUUGGAUCAGCUAGAGGACUUCAUUACCUCCACACGGGAUACUCGAAAGCUGUUAUCCAUCGCGACGUGAAGUCGGCAAACAUACUUCUUGACGAGAACUUAAUGGCGAAAGUGGCGGAUUUUGGGCUGUCGAAAACAGGGCCUGAGAUAGAUCAGACUCAUGUUAGCACUGCUGUGAAGGGUAGUUUUGGUUAUCUUGAUCCUGAAUAUUUCAGAAGACAACAGCUGACUGAGAAGUCUGAUGUGUAUUCUUUCGGAGUGGUGUUGUUCGAGGUUGUUUGUGCUCGACCUGUUAUAGACCCGUCACUCCCCAGGGAGAUGGUGAAUCUUGCUGAAUGGGCGAUGAAAUAUCAGAAACGCGGGCAAUUAGAACAGAUAAUCGAUCCAACUCUUGUGGGUAAGAUAAGACCGGAUUCUCUGAGGAAAUUUGGAGAAACUGCAGAGAAGUGUUUGGCUGAUUAUGGUGUUGAUAGGCCAUCAAUGGGAGAUGUGUUGUGGAAUCUUGAAUAUGCACUUCAACUUCAAGAAGCUGUUGUUGGGAAUGAACCGGAGGAGAACAGCGCCAAUUUGAUUAUGAACCUGUCGCAGCCGCCGCCUGAGGUUCCUGUUUCGCAGGACGCGGAGGCGGAUGUUGGCUGGGCUCGCAGUCAGUUAGAAGACAAUGAUCUUUCUGGGAUUUCCAUGAGCAGGGUUUUUUCACAACUGGUGAAUUCAGAGGGCAGAUAGAUAUGAUCAAAUGGGAUUUUUAUUUUGCUGUUUUUGAGCAUAUAUUUAUUUAUUAUAUAUCAUUGUAUGAUUCAUUUUUCAAUUUAAACAGAUGUUUUGUUUCAAUCUUACUGUUCAGAUAAUGGUUUGUUUUU